AUGAGUUUUGAUUAUCAGACCGAGAUUGACAAUGAUGCACAACGUCUCUUCUGUCCAAACAUCUGGAAACUACCAAGUACAGGAGGUGAAAUAAAGGAGUUUAAUCAAGGUGAAUACCCAACAGAAGUGAUACACUCAAAUAUGGAUAGCUUAAGCAAUGGAAAAUUCAUAAAGGCACUAACAACAGAUUAUCCUGAAAUGGAUAUCAGAUGGUUUAGUCCUGCUAGACAUUAUUCUGGAGUAGCUCAAAAACUCGUUAAAAUUGAUGUAUUAGAGCAAUUCACAGUAAAUCAUUCAAUUGAUAAUAUCUAUCCAAAAUUCAAAUGGUGGUUUGAAUUAUUACCAUACGAAAAAUGUUCUACUGAGUUUUUCUUGAAUCGUUCAAAGUUUUUAUUGUCUCAAUUCAUUGGUCGAAUGAGAAUUAAGCUUAGACAUAUAGACUGGAAGAUUAGAAUAGGAUGUAUAUACCCAUUGAGAUACAACAAAGCUUUGUUAUUGAAAAGGACCACUGAUUUCUUACAGCCAAAAGUCAGCAGUGUGGUUAUAGCUCUUAAAAAGCUGGUUACACCAAAGACACAAUAUGCUCUUUUCAGCUUUGGGGAUAAGCCAUCGUUAUUAGGCCCAUUUCCAAUAGAGAUAUGGUUGAGAAUAAUUGAACAAGCUGAUAUUGAUAAAGCCAAAGCUACAGCUAUGAUAUACAAUAACUUUUGGGCUGAGAUUGUCGCACCAAUUAUGUAUACCAAUAUUCAUUGUUUCUUAUCAAUUAGAAAUACAUCAGCGUUGAGAACCAAGGAUUAUGACUUCGUUUACAAUGGACCAAAUUUGGUUGAUUAUGGAUAUAGUGAUUACAACAAAUAUGAAAGAUUAAAUAAUGUUUUAGAAAACGAUUUUGAAGUCUUAGAUCUCUACCCAUCUUCAAAAAGAAGAAUGAGAGCUUUGAUUAAUUCUAAAAAUCCAGAAGAUCAAUCUGCUAUUUCAGUUGUCACAAAUCACAAAUCUUUACUAAAAUUGGUAAGGACAUUGAAUAACAAGAGUAGCAUUAUGAAGAAAUACUUAAAAAAUAUCUCUUUAGACGUGUUUGCACCUUCUGAUUGGAUGACUAUGGAAGGAAGCAGAGAAGUGAAAGAGAGAUUCGAUACCAUGGUAAGAAACAAUCAUAAAGACAAAGAGAUUAAAGUUUUGCAGACCAGAUUAGAGAUGGCACAUUCUGCAUUAGUCCACAUACACGAAUUUGACCACUUGCACCAGAGAAGAAAGAAGGAAGAGUAUCAAGGUAAGAAGUGUCACCAUAUAAAAGAAUCUCAACACUGCUUCUUUCAAGAAGAUUUCACUCUUGGACCUUCCAUUGAACCACUUACAUUCGCAAAACCGAAUUACACAACGAGUUUAGAUCUCUAUAAUAAGAUUGUUAACUGUUUCAUUAAUGGAGAGAGACAGAGCGUGAAGACGAUAAAUGAAGAAAAUGGAAGAGGUCUAGAUUUCACUUACAUGUUUAAUACACACAGAAGGCCUGGAGUUAGCUUUGGACUCACAAGAUUCGACGAUAAGUAUCAUAAAUGUGACAUCUCGGUUGGCGAAACAAGUUACUUAAAGAACAAAGGAGAGCUUGCAAAAUAUAUCGAUAAUAUUGUAAACACAUUUUUGGGAUUCAGUAACUCUAGCUGUUCAAUAAUGAUUACUGGUGUUGUCUCAAGAGAUGAUUACCCAAUUGACUUUGAGGAGGAUACAUAUACAAUAUAUUACGGGCCCCAGCUAAUCACAAUCAAUAAAGAUACCUAG